GGACGAUUCCCUAUCAAGGUGGGAGAGAGAUACAUCACGCCAGAACGCUCUCAUCUACGCGUUCAUUGUGAUAACAAUCAUUCGUCAGCUGUCGAGAACUUCGAGCCGCAACCCUCUUAACGCCCCUGUUUCUCCCUCUUCCUCUGCCUUGUUACAAGAAACUGAGUCCUUAAGAGAGAGAUUAAUGCUGACCACGAAAGGAAACCUCCCCAAGCGACCAAAGCCCCUCGGAUUAUACAUCCACGUCGAAUUUUACAAGUUCAUCCUGCACUUCCCGGCCACAGCAUUUCCGAGCAAAGAGAUGGACAUCUGACAUCACAAAAGGAUUGACAGAUACAAGUCAGGCAACUGUCCCUCACAUCUGUGCACGGAAGCUACUGUUUCAGACCAGAAACUUGGGGUCCGCUCUACAAUAAAAUCGCCGAAGACUGCCCAGCUGGAGGUGGAUAUUUUGAUUGCGAUCGGCAGAGAUCUGUUGUCAACACCAUACUGUGGUCUGCGUAGUGGAAUUGCUUGCUGUCCAUCCCUCGUUUGCCGAAGCUUGGACUGACGUAGAACCUGAGGGACUCUCAGGCGCUGUCGUUGAGCUGAAUACGUGAGUGGCUAUCACAACGUCGACGCUUCUGUCAGCGAAAGCCGGCGGUCGAUCGUGGUGGAGAGAAGCAUUGGAAGCCGAGUGAAGAAAAGGCCCAUUCUCCCUUCUCGCAGCAGAGCACUCCUGUCCUUGAAGUGCGACAGUCUUUCAAGUAACAUACCAUCAACAUAAGCCAUCGGCAAAGCGGGAGUAUCGACAUGUUCUCUGGUUGCGCAUCAUCUUGAGAAAGGCGGGCUCCAACAUUCAACUGCUGGAACUUCACAGCCAGAGUGAAUGGAUCGCUACCAAAUUCUGCCGGACCGUCAACAAACAUCAAACCUCAACGACGUCAAGCAUCGACUCUCCAUCAAUCUCUUCGCCCUCAAGCACUCAUCUCGAGCUCUCUCACAACUCUCGUGCACUCAGUUCAACUCCUCCUAAGUGCCGCACGGAAGUCACCAUGAGAACUCGGUUAAAGGCCCGAGCAGUACUUGCGACCGUGUUCUACGGGCUCCUACAGGUCUCGAUGGCCAGCAUUUCAUUCCCAGAGAUUCAACCUAUUAUGGGAUUUCCUCAACUCUGCACAAAAGCCUACAGCACGACAAUAACUGAUUGCGAGCUCGACGAGUUUCCACUAUUAGGUGGAAGUGGCUGUUCUGCCAACUGCCAGAUCGCUCUGGAAGCGGCUGGUACUUUCAUACAGCGAGCAUGCGCGAGCUUAUCAGCCCCCGGGGAUUCCUUGAUCGGUCAGAUAUUCAUUGGGAACGUCAUCGAUUUCCUUUGCACGCCUACCAGCUCACAAACUACCACGACUAUGACGACUGCUGCAGCUAGUCCAUCAUCAUCCAUGUCGAUGGCUUCCGACACAAUGACAACCUCGUCAACAGCUUCACAAGCAGCGUCUUCAGCAGUGACUACAUCCUCGAGUUCCGCCGCCAGUGUCACGUCUGCCGGUAGUACAACAACAACUACAACAAAAGAAAGCAGCAGUGUGACAAAGUCCUCAUCUGCAUCUAGAUCCACCUCGGUUUCCUCAUCGUCUUCCUUGACAACCACCCUUUCAACCUCCUCAACUAGCACAAGCACAUCUAGCUCGACCUCGACGACCCGUACAUCUUCCGCGACGCAAGCCUCAAGCGCCGGCAAUGGCAACACCGGCGGCAGUGGCGGCGGAAGUCCGUUCGACGAGCCGUUCAGUACCGGAACUGGUGUGCUCGUAGCACCACAUCAUCAGCUGCUUUUCUUAUGUUUGGUCGGUUUGAUCUUUAUUCUACGAUGAAAUAGAUGGAUUGGAAUCCAGCCGAUUUGCAAUGAUACCCCAAGACCUCUUGCGCAACCCAGGGUUGCAACACAUGUACUAUUACCAAUUUUGGAGGGCCAGUUUUCGAAGGCUUUUGCAUUUGCACCUGCAUCUGGAAAGAAAAGGCAUUCGAAUGUUGCCUGCGAGAACACGAGAAACAUAAUAUGGACGGGACACGGCUGAGAAGACAAAUUAAUGUAUGAACGAGACAGAACCCAGCGUUACGACAGGACAUGCCACAACCGCACACGGCUCGAUGAGUCGGCGUUCGAGAACCAUGUGGACAUGUCGUCAGUGAACAGCGGGUUUGGUGGAAUGAUGAAGACACGAUAUGCUCUCGUCCAGUUGCCAUACUCGACGCAAUCCGAUGGGAAAAAGAAUUUGUAAUACCAAAUCUUUCGGGAAAAGAAGUACCUGACCUGGAGACACCGGCCAGAGGGACGAAGCACACACUGUGCUAGAUGUCGAGACUGAGAUUGCCAGAACAAACGGGCCGAUGUGGUGGGUGGAAAAACACGCUCUGUACUGUACUACACAGUAUGAAGAAAGCAAAAUAGAAUGCACCUUUUCACGCGAAGCACUGGCACUCGGCCACAGGCAAUGAAAUGAGAAUAAACAUGGCAACGCACCGG